UCAUUCCUCUACUUACAGUCUUCAUAUACAUUGCUAAUUUUAAGUUGAAUUAAAUCCAUGGCUGCCACUAUGGUUUUGCAGUCUUAUUACAUCAAUGUAGUGAUCAUAUUGAUGGUGGCAUUGACGAGUUGUUUCAAAGGCACAGUGGCACAACGUGCUUUCUUUGUGUUUGGUGAUUCUCUUGUUGAUAAUGGUAACAAUAAUUACUUAGCAACUACUGCUCGAGCUGAUGCUCCUCCUUAUGGCAUUGAUUAUCCAACUCGUAGACCCACCGGACGUUUCUCUAAUGGCUACAACAUUCCUGACUUCAUCAGUCAAGCACUUGGGGCAGAACCAACGUUGCCUUAUUUAAGUCCUGAACUCAAUGGAGAGGCGCUACUAGUUGGUGCCAAUUUUGCUUCCGCUGGCAUUGGAAUUCUCAAUGAUACCGGAAUCCAGUUUAUAAACAUAAUUAGAAUAUUUAGGCAAUUGGAGUAUUUUCAACAAUACCAGCAGAGAGUGAGUGGUCUUAUUGGACCUGAACAAACUCAGAGCUUAGUGAAUGGAGCAUUAGUACUCAUCACUCUUGGAGGAAAUGAUUUUGUGAAUAACUAUUACUUAGUGCCAUUCUCUGCAAGAUCACGCCAAUACAAUUUACCGGAUUAUGUCAGAUAUAUAAUAUCUGAAUAUAAGAAGAUUUUGAGGAGACUAUACGAUCUUGGAGCACGUAGGGUGAUAGUGACAGGAACAGGUCCAAUUGGUUGUGUUCCAGCAGAAUUAGCACAACGAGGCACAAAUGGGGGAUGCUCAGUUGAGCUACAACGUGCAGCAGCUUUGUUCAAUCCACAACUUAUUCAAAUAAUCCAACAACUCAACAAUGAAAUUGGUUCAAAUGUAUUCAUGGGAGCUAACACAAGGCAGAUGGCCCUUGACUUCGUCAAUAAUCCCCAAGCAUAUGGAUUUGUUACAUCACAGAUAGCAUGUUGUGGUCAAGGACCCUACAAUGGACUUGGGCUAUGCACACCACUCUCUAAUUUAUGCCCUAACCGUGACGAAUAUGCAUUUUGGGAUGCAUUUCAUCCUUCAGAAAAGGCUAACAGCUUGAUUGUUCAACAGAUCUUGUCAGGCACAACUGAUUAUAUGUAUCCAAUGAAUCUCAGCACUGUUUUAGCCUUGGAUUCCAAAAACACAUAGCAAGCUUUGAUUGAUUUUAAUAUUCCUGCAAGUUUUUUCUAUCUUUUAAAAAGUUGAUCUGCUUGUUAAUUUGUGAUUUAUAUGUAUAAGUUGGAUUGGAACUUUAAAAGUUACAGCUCCCUAAAUAGUACUUGAUGGAUGAGGGAUGAGCACUAUCUUUAUUAUCAAUCUCUCUUGCAGUGCAAAAGUAAUUGCAUAUAUAAUAAUUGAGUCAUUUUUGUUGUGUCCAA